GGCGAAACAAAUGCCAGCGUGCCAUGUCAUGUUGCUGCUGUAGUGGUUGAAUGUUGAACGUUCUUUAUACUUUUUGCUAAUAGACAGUUCCACAGUUUUUAUCUCGAGAAAAAUGCCACGGUGUUUGAUAAAGUCCAUGGUGCGAUAUCAGAAAACGGACAGCUCGAACGAAGAGGCUGAAUUCUCGUGGUUGCCGCCAUCCGCGGAUCUCAAGCGAAAGAAUCAUCCGAAAGACGCGACGUCGAAGACGAGCAAUAUCUGGACUUGUUCGGGACUUCCCAUUGUAACUCGGUACAGCUUCCAUAAAGUCAAUAAUGCCAUGUUUGACGAGAGCUUGAAUAUAACAGAUCGAAAUUGUGCAAACAUUCGUCAGGAUGCUUCACCAUCGAUCGACGUCGUGAACACGAUGAUCGAUUCUGGAAAAAUGUCCGCGAUAUUGCUCGACGACGCAUCUCGAGCCUCCUCCGAUGCGAAAAAAUCGGUAAAUGCAAUGCAGAUGAUGGAUCCGGGAAAAUCUAACGGGACGACAAAUCAGAAAGUCGCGAUCAACGGCUCCGAAACGCAAACGCUUUCGCAGGCUUUGUACCUGAUGCCGAAGCAAAAGCCGACCAACGUCGCCGAGAACAAGACGUCCGUUAAAGAGAACGCUCAACCCUGGAAGAGAAAUAAAACGAUGCAUUAUUGCCCUUAUUGCCGCAAGAGCUUCGAUCGGCCAUGGGUGCUGAAGGGUCAUUUGCGUCUUCAUACAGGCGAGAGGCCCUUCGAGUGUCCGGUUUGCCAUAAAUCUUUCGCAGAUCGUUCUAAUCUGCGAGCUCAUCAAAGAACACGCAAUCAUCAUCAAUGGCAGUGGCGUUGUGGUGUGUGCUUUAAAGCUUUCUCGCAAAGACGUUACUUGGAGCGUCAUUGUCCGGAAGCUUGUCGCAAAUAUCGUAUGUCUCAGAAGAAGGAAUUUCCUUGUUCCUAAAUGCGAACGAAAAUAUUAGCUAUCAAACAUUUCGAUAUAAAGUUGUCUUACUUAACAAUGCGAUGU